AUGAUUCAAAGACCAUUUGCACUACUGAUUACUAGGGCCUAUCGUACAACUUCUACGGAUGCCUUAAAUGUGCUUGCCGGACUACUUCCUUUACACAUUAGAAUUGAAGAAGAGGCAGCAGCUAGGCAAACAUUGAAGCAAUUAAGUCAAAUUACUCAAUACAAAGAUGAGAUUUAUAACCCCUCGGAUUAUGAAGGAUCUCUAAUUAAUGUUCAAAUACAUCCAGCCAAGAAAGGAAUUGGAGUCCGCAUACUGCACCAAAACGCAACAGAUCCAGAAGUUAAAGUAUGCCUAUAUACAGAUGGAUCGAAAAUUGAUAAUGGCGUAGGAAGUGCAUUUGUUGCAGUCGCUAACCAAAACAUUCUACAUACUUGGCAAGGGCACUUGCAUGAAAAUAAUACUGUCUUCCAGAGCGAAAUGUUGGCUAUAAAAGAAGCAUUAACUUACCUAGUAGAACAGCGUCAUAAUAGAGCUAUCAUAUUUACUGACAGUUUAUCCUCGUCGAUACAUGCGAUCAAUAAUCCCGAUCACUCUUCUCCCAUUGUAACUGCAAUACAAAAGAUACUAAGGGAAAAAACUACAAUAGCCAAUAUUUCCUCAAAUGGGUCAAAGCGCAUGCAGGUCAUGCAUGGAACGAAUUUGCUGAUACUUUAG